AUGGCCUAUCAAAAGGUAGAUAAAAUAAUAAUACAUAUUUAUAAGAUGCACUCAAUUAAAUCACCUGACACUGAAUCGUCUAAAUCAGGCAGCAGACAACAAUUAAAGAAAAGUCACGGAGCGGAACGCCUUGGCUUGGCCAUAACAGACCGACAUUUUCAAUCUUCAAAAGGAAAUUCGAAACAUCCUCAUUAAGUAGCAGUUGUGUUCACGUGAAAAUGCCUUCUUGAACGAUGUUCACGACGAAUGUGCUUUGUUUGAAGAAGAAGAAAAAACGAACUUAUUGUUUGUCCAGUGCGAAUUUGAAGAAAAAUGAAGCGGGGACGUCACAAAAUGAAAG